UAUAAAAAUGUACUUUCACACCCUCUGCUUCCUCCUCCUUUCUUUUCAGAGUAUGAUGCUUUAGCUAAGGUUAUCCAGCAACACCCAGACCGGCAUGAAACACUAAAGCAGUUGGAGGCACUUGACAAAGAACUCCAGCACUUGUCUCACAUCAAAGAGAAUGUGGAUGCAAAGUUGGAAUUAAGGAAGAAGCAGUUCCAUGUGUUGCUCUGCACCAUACAGGAGCUACAGCAGACUCUGGAGAAUGAUGAGAAAUCGGACAGUGACGACAACAAUCAGGAGAGCCCUGCAGAGAAUGGUGAAUGAACAUGUAUUGAUCCUGACUGAAUUAAAUUAAAUGAACUACUUUUAUUUUUCAAUGAACCAGACUUGUCUAUGCUAGGUUUGUUCAGUUUCUUUACCAAAACAGUAGAUUGUUAUACCUGUAACUGUCUUUAUAGUAAAUAAAAAAUGUUGUUUACCUCA